AUGGCGGAUGCCUUAAGUCGAAAGUCGAUGGGGAGUCUGGCACGUAUAUCUGUAGAUAGGAGAUCCUUGAUUCGAGAGAUGCAGGGUUUAGGAGAUGUGGCUAUGCAUUUUGAAGUUUCAGAGACAAAUGUGUUGUUAGCACAUUUUAGAGUUAAACAUAUCUUAAUAGACCAGAUUAGAGAAGCCCAAAGUAAAGAUGAGUUCAUAACUAAGGUCUUGGAGGACCCUCAGGGAGGGAAAGGAAGAAUGUUUACUAAAUGCACAGAUGGAGUAUUGAGGUAUGGAACCAGACUUUAUGUGCCUAAUAGUGAUGGAUUGAAGAGAGAAAUAUUAGAGGAGGCGCAUACGGUAGCAUAUGUGGUACACCCAGGAGCUACAAAGAUGUAUCCAGAUUUGAGGGAGGUAUACUGGUGGGAAGGACUUAAGAAAGAUGUAGCUGAGUUUGUCUCCAAAUGCCUGGCUUGUCAGCAGGUUAAGGCCAAGCACCAAAGGCUCGCAGGGCUACUACAACCAUUGUAG